UUCAUAUUCCACUGGAGCACUUCCUGUCACAAAGGAUGAGAUCACCGGCCUCUCUGUGCCACUGAGGAACAUUUCUCAUAUUUAUAUUUCCUUAUGUGGCAUAAAUCCAUUCCUGGCUUUGUUUUAUUUCUGUGAAGAAAGACACUGGAAGCAAGAGGCUAAUGAAGUGGACAUUCAUUGGAUGAUUCCCGCUUGGAUGAGGUGACCGGAAUGCUGCUGUGCUCUUUCAGUUCCUGAUCCGUUUACGGCCACCACAGGCGAGAGAAGAGGAAGAGGAGAGAGAGGGGGAGGGGAGUCUAAGCCGUCGCGAGAGAGAGAGAGAGAGAGAGAGAGAGAGAGAGAGAGAGAGAGAGAGAGAGAGAGUGUGUAUUUGAACAGGAAAACCACUGAAGAGAAUUCCAAGAGCACCUGUUCAUCUGCUAUGAUCCAGAGUCAUGGAUAUUAACCUGCAGUCGCACCGGUUCUACUUCCCACAGAUCUACUGCAAGCCCGGCGUUCCGGUCACCGAGGUGAAGAUCAGUGAGCAGAGUAUUUGUCAGGCACGCGCCUCCGUCAUGGUCUACGAUGACACCAGUAAAAAGUGGGUGCCGAUUAAACCAGGUCAACAGGGCUUCAGUCGAAUCAACAUCUACCACAACACAACCAAUAACACAUUCCGUGUGGUGGGCGUCAAACUCCAAGACCAGCAGGUCGUCAUCAACUACUCCAUAGUGAAGGGACUCAAGUACAACCAGGCCACUCCAACGUUCCAUCAGUGGCGUGAUGCGCGGCAGGUGUACGGACUGAACUUCGCCAGUAAAGAGGAGGCGACUACGUUCUCCAACGCCAUGCUGUUCGCGCUCAACAUCCUCAGCACACAAGACGGAGGUCCAGCUGUCCAACAUCAAGUCCAGAAUGGACCCACCACAGAAGAACUGGAGGUGCAAAAAAGGCAAAUGGAGAUGCAGCAGCAGCAGAUGCAGGCGCAUACCGAGUGGGAGAGACGAUCAUCCAACUCAGGUUCCCCCUUUCAGGGUCACCUAGCCGUUCUGUCAGUAGCUCCACCCACUGUAGUGCCGCCCCCUCUGCCGAUGGCCGUGCCGUGUCCUCUUCCUCCGCCCCCUCCGGGACCGCCUCCUCCCUCUGCUGGAGCUCCGCCCCCUCCUCCUCCUCCUCUGCCGGUUGGGGGUUACAGAGCUGCACAGGAUGAAUCUAACGCACACACUGGCCUCGCUGCCAUGAUCGCUGGAGCCAAACUACGCCGUGUGCAGAGGCCCGAGGACAACUCUGUGUCUGGAGCCAAAACCGAUGCCAACCGGACGAGUGGAAGCAGCGGAGGCCUGAUGGAGGAGAUGAACGCGCUGCUCGCACGGAGACGGAAAGCAGUCGAUGAAAAGAAAGAUGGAGAUGGACAAAAUGAUGAUCCCAACUCGUCGUCAGCCAUGUCCCGCGGGCAGAACGCUUCAGAUGGGGUGAAGAAGCCGUGGGAUCGAGCGAACUCCGCAGAGAGAUCAUCACUGGUGUCCAGGGUUCGACCUGUAGGGAGCAUCAGUGAUGCAGACGCAUUAGACUUUGACCGAAUGAAACAGGAAAUCUUGGAAGAAGUUGUUCGUGAAUUGCACAAAGUGAAAGACGAGAUCAUUGAUGCCAUUAGACAUGAACUCAGUAGAAUCAGCACAACAUAAUGUUCAUCCGUCAUCCAAGACCCAAACGACCCGCGGAACCCGCUGUAGCGCGCGGAGAACACGACCACCUGAUGAUGUCAUCGACGUUACUGCCAUAUUAAAGCUGACGGACGGCUCUAACAUGACGGGAACGUUGAGAUGUGAUGGUGAAGGACACUUGCACUGAUUUACUGGAUUUUACUUUACAUCCAUCUUUACAACGUCUUUUAGAAAACUGAGAAAACAAGAAACAUCGAUUUUCUUUCAUUUUUGUCUGCAUUAUUAUUAUUAUUAUUAUUAUUAUUUAUUUUAUUAUUAUUAUAAUUAUAGUAGCAGUACUAGUGUUGUAGACAUAGAACGUAGGUCAAUAAUAAUAAAAAUAAUCAUUAUAAUAAUAAUAUCUUAGUUAGCCUUUUUUUAUUAUUCUUAUUUUAACGUUCAUUUUAAGCACAUUUUCAGUUUUUAGUCUCAUCGCCUCUCGGUAAGUUGUUUUUUUUAAAGAAAUUUUUCUUUUUUGUAUCCUUUUGGCCGUACAAUAAUAUGUAUUUAAUCACUUUAAAAGCAUUUUGAAUCAUUUUGAACCUGAAAAAGAAACUUUCAUCAGUAUUUGUGAUCAUGUUGUUAUUAAAUGUUUAUUGUCUGCAAGGACACGGUGAAGUAUUGUUUGGUUUUAUGAUUUCUCUGUUUGACCAAGUGCUUCCUGGUUUGGAAAAUAAAAAAAGAUAUACAUGACAUAAAAAAAAAGAAUAGAAAUAAAAUUGUGA